AUGCCUCUGCAGUUUGAGCUGUGUCCCGGCAGGAUGAUCGGGGGUUCCCAUCCCUGCUUCAUCAUAGCUGAGAUUGGACAAAACCACCAGGGAGACAUUGAGAUUGCAAAGAAAAUGAUCAAGAUGGCAAAGGAUUGUGGUGCUGACUGUGCUAAGUUCCAGAAAAGUGAAUUGGAUCACAAAUUCAGCAAGCGAGCCUUGGAGCGCCCCUACAAUUCGAUUCACUCCUGGGGAAAAACCUAUGGGGAGCACAAGCGUCACUUGGAGUUCAGCCACGACCAGUACAUGGAGCUCAAGAAGCAUGCAGAAGAAAUUGGCAUCUUCUUCACAGCCUCUGGCAUGGAUGAGAUGGCCGUGGAGUUCCUCGAUGAGCUGGAAGUGCCUUUCUUCAAAGUUGCCUCCUGCGACGCAAACAACUUCCCCUAUCUGGAGAAAACUGCCAAAAAAGGACGUCCCAUGGUGGUGUCCACCGGGAUGCAGUCCAUGGAGACGGUGCGUCGCGUCUACGAGACAGUGAAGAAGCAUAACCAGAACUUCACCAUUCUGCAGUGCACCAGCGCCUACCCUCUGGACCCUAAAGACGUCAACCUCAGUGUGAUCUCGGAAUACCAGAGGGAAUUUCCAGAUGUUCCCAUCGGAUAUUCUGGACAUGAGCAGGGGCUCUACAUCUCUUUGGCCGCGGUGGCGAUGGGAGCAAAGGUCGUGGAACGCCACGUGACCCUGGAUAAGACCUGGAAGGGAAAUGACCACGAGGCAUCCCUGGAGCCAUCGGAGCUGAAAGAGCUGGUCCAAGCCAUUCGACUGCUGGAGAUGGCGAUGGGAUCACCGGCCAAGCAAAUGUUACCCUGUGAGAAGAACUGCCACGAUAAGUUGGGUAAGUCGUUGGUGGCCAUGGUGGCCAUCCCCAAAGGCACUGCACUGAGCCUGGACAUGUUUGCUGUGAAGGUCGGUGAGCCAAAGGGCAUCUCCCCUGAGACCAUGCAGCAGCUGGUGGGCAAGAAGCUCAACAUGGACGUGGAGGAGGACGACAGCAUCCUGGCCAACAUGAUAGAGUAAAGGAUACGCAGGAUCCGGUUGAGGGAGAAAGAGGCAGACAAACAGCAAGAGAAAUGGAAAAAGAUAGAGCAAGGUAGAUGAGAAGUAGAUGGACAGGGUGUGUUGUGUGUCUACAGGAAGAGAUACAGCCAAUGGAGAGAUCCAGAGGGAAGAAGAGAGACCGACAGAGUAUCAUGUCGGAGUGAAAGAGAGAGAGGUGGGAUACAGAGAGAGAGAAGAGCAGCUACAGAAAAGUUAUAACAGGGUGAACAGAUCUGAUCAGAUAUUAAUGUUACCACAUGAUGCUGAGAGUUGAACCAAAGAGGGUGUUGCUGUUAGAUGUAUAUCAAGCAGACAGUAAUUACAGGGUGUGGUGUUUAACAUUCUAUCAUCCACGUGAAUUCAUUUUCACACGUCCCUGCAUUGUGCACCACGACUGUUUAACUAAAGUUCAAAUAGUAGCUCAACCAGCCCUGUUAAGAAUUGAGCAAUCCACCAUGUCAGUAUUUCGUAUGUGUGGUGUGAACAUCAUCUGUACAUGGAAUGAUCUGUCCCUGCCCAUUUUAUUACCCAGCUGUACAUCUUAAAGGGGGUGAGGUUAUAUGCAGUACGUGAAUAUAAAGGCUUCACUUUAAUCAUAUGCAGUGCCUUUAUAUAUCUAUACUGUAUAUGUGGAGGAUGUUAAAGAUUAAUGGUGUUGGGAUUUCUUUUGCAACUUCAGUUAAUUUCCAUAGAUGCCGCUUGUGACCCUAUAAUAGUAAUCAGUGCUUCUGUUCUGUUAAUCUUGCAAAUAAAGAUGGUCCUGCAAAUAAAAAUACAUAUUGAAAAUAAAAUGGUCCUGCAGAUUAAAUAAAUACUGAAU